AUGGCCAGGAAUAAUCUCACCAGAGUAACUGAGUUCAUUCUCAUGGGCUUCACUGACCAGCCCGGAUUGGAGGUUCCCCUCCUCCUGGUCUUUCUGAGUUUCUACCUAGUCACCCUGCUGGGGAACAUAGGGAUGAUCAUUCUAAUCCGAGUGGAUGUGCGACUCCACACCCCCAUGUACUUCUUCCUGAGCCACCUUGCCCUGCUGGAUGCCGGCUACGCCUCGGUCAUCACCCCUCAGACUCUGGCCACACUGGCCACGGGCAAAAUGGUCAUCUCCUACGGCCGCUGUGCUGCCCAGUUCUUUCUCUUCACCCUCUGUGCAGGCACAGAGUGUUUCCUGCUGGCGGUGAUGGCUUAUGACCGCUUUGUCGCCAUCAGCAGUCCACUGCGCUACUCCGUGGUUAUGAACCCCAGAAUCUGCUGGAGUCUGGUGGCCGGAGCCUACACCUGUGGGGUGUCAGGAGCCAUCCUGCGAACUGCGUGCACCUUCACUCUCUCCUUCUGUGACAACAACCAGAUUGACUUCUUCUUCUGUGACCUCCCCCCCUUGCUGAAGCUCUCCUGCAGUGACACAACAAACAGGGAGAUUGUCAUCAUCUUCUUUGGCAACUUUGUGAUUUUGGCCAAUGCUGUCAUCAUCCUGAUUUCCUACCUGCUCAUCAUCAAGUCCAUUUUGAAGGUGAAGUCCUCAGGGGGCAGGGCCAAGACUUUCUCCACAUGUGCUUCCCACCUCACUGCUGUGGCCCUCUUCUUUGGGACCCUCAUCUUCAUGUAUCUGCGGAGUGGCUCAAACAAAUCCCUGGCGGAAGACAAGGUGGUGUCUGUCGUCUACACAGUGAUCAUCCCCAUGCUGAACCCUCUGAUCUACAGCUUGAGAAACAAGGAUGUGAAAGCUGCCUUCAGAAAAGUCGCUGGCUGA